AUGUAUCCGUCACGGCACGCAGUGGAAGCGAAGGAAAGCAAUCCAGCUUUUCAGCAAUUCUCUAGUCCGAAGGCUGAGUCGGCGUCGAAGUCGAGUUGGAACGUUGCCGGCGGAAGAGAAGCAGUAACUCGACGCUUGGAAUGGUCGGAUGUCGCCGUUCCGACCAGAACUGCGUUGUCGCUGCUGCGAGGGACGUGCGUUCACUGCACCCUGCAGAUGCACCCUCUCACCUCAACAAAAGGCUUAAUUUCCGGAAAAGGAUCGACGCUUCCGCCCCGUAUUAAAUUGACCGAUCAAGACACCUCGGCCCUUAUCGUCGAGCUCGGACGAGAGAUGCGAAGCGGCCAGGGGCUUCUGGUCUCGUCCAAGCUCUUUGACGGAGAGUGCACUCAGGCGCGAGACGUGCCAUCGAGGCCGACCGUGCGCGUCACUUGCAAGUCAGUCUCAGCAACGUUCGAUUGUGUACUGGUGAAUGGCGUAAAGGUUCGUACAUCGUGA